AUGCCAAGAACAAUUGAAGCUUCAGCCAAUGUGGAGCUUGACCAAGUGCUGGAAUUGCUUUGCGAAGCGCUCCAGCCAACUCCCAGCUUGUGGCGAGAUGCCGAACAGAAAUACACCGCGGCCGGGAACUGGCUCGGGGCCCCAGAAACCGAGCUGUUUGUGCUAAGCCCCGAGAUCAAGUACCAAGGUUCGACGCUAUUGGGUACGGUAGUCCGGCCCUGGCAGCGCGAGGAAUUCGACAUCGACCUCCUGUGCAUCCUCGCCACGAACCGUUACCGCUACGCCGACCCCAUGGUGGUCUACAACCUGGUGGCCAAUCGGCUCGCGCAACACGGCACAUACCGAAAACUGAUGCGACGCAAGGAGCGGUGUAUUGAGCUCAACUAUGCGGGGCAGUUCCAUCUGGACAUCGUCCCAGCGAUUCCCCAUGACCUCGACGCCAACAAGCUGCUGAUACCUGACCGGGAGCAGCGCCGGUGGCUCUUCACCGAUCCCUUCGGCUACGCGGAUUGGUUCUACGGCAGAACGCCAGUCACGAAGUCGGCCAGCGUGGAGCAGUACCGCGCUCGCGCCGACGUCGAGCCGUUGCCCCCGGCUCGGCGGGCCGGCGAAAUCACGCCGCUGCAGCGGACAGUCCAGCUCAUCAAGCGUCGACGAGACUUGUUCUUCGAGGGCAAUGGCGAUGGCCCCAAGUCGAUCGCGCUCACUACGCUGACCGCCAAGCACUACAACGGCGAGCCGCUGUGCACGGAUGCGCUCUUGAACGUGCUGGCCCGCAUUCAGCGCGAGAUCGACACCACCGACGGCAUCUUGGUGGUACCUAACCCAGUCGACCCCACGGAAAAUUUGGGCCGCCACUGGACCCCUCGCUCCUAUGGCCGGUUCCGACGUUUUGUUAGCCAGUUCUGCCAGGAAAUGGAAGUAUUGGUACACGUGCGAGGCUGGGACAGGAUCGCCGAGGCUCUCGAAGCGAUGUUCGGCGACCGAGCCCGACCCGCGGUUGAAAAGUACGCGGCGCGACUCGAAGCAAAGCGACGGGCAAGAGGCCUUGGAUUCCAGUCCGGUCCUGUGAUCUUGGCUCCGUCGGCCGCCGCAUCCACUCAUACGUUUCGCCGCCGUGUCUUUGGGCUCGGCGAGCAGGCGGCCCGGAUCCGGCUUAUCUGUCCAGAUUUCAAGUAUGUCGUUCGCCGCGGUGAGCUUGUUGGGACGGCCACGAUGCAGCCGACGCCCAACAGCCUCCGCUACCUGUUUGAAGUUCGCUACCGCGUGGGCUCCAGCCCCAAAGUCAUUAUCCUCGACCCUCCGCUGCGGGCCCGCGACGACCAGUCAAAGAUUCCGCAUACCUAUGGUCCGGACGAGCCUUGCGUCUUCCGGCCAGGCACGGACUGGUCUGACGAGCAGGUGAUCGCCACGACGGUCAUUCCUUGGCUGGCGACGUGGCUGUUUUUUUACGAAGUGUGGCACGCGACGGGAGAGUGGCACGGCGGCGGCGAGCACCCCGAAAGCGGCGACGAUGAACUGCCGGAUGCCAGCCAACCGGUCCAGGAUUUGGACGGCGGCGGAAUUCGCGGCGCAUUUACGGCCGCGGCGCUCGCUGAAAUCGAAGCCCGGUUGGAUCGACCCGCCGGUGAUUACUUCGACUUGGUGGCGGGAACGUCCACAGGCGGUCUGAUCGCCGCCGCUGUGGCGACAGGGAUUCCGGCCGCUAGGAUUGUCGAGUUCUAUCGGCAGCAAGGUCCGGCUGUCUUCACGGCUCGCGGCAACUGUAAGCCACCGACCCUCAUGUCCAAGCUGACGUAUCCGAUCGCACGCUUGGUUUCCCGAAGGGCAGUGGGCCUGAGAUUUGAUGACCUUCUGCAGACCAAGUACAACGCGACGAUGCUGAGGAAAGCGGUCGAAUCCGUAUUCGGCGACCAACUGGUCGGGGAGGUCACCAAGUGUCGCCUGCUGGUUCCUGCCGUCGAUGUGACAAUAGGCCGGACCGUUGUCUACAAGACGCCUCAUUUGCCGGGGCUGACACGCGACCGCCACUUUAAGCUGGCCGAGAUCCUCAUGGCAACGACCGCUGCCCCCACCUAUUUUCCGCACGCCACGGUGAAUCAGAGCGGGGCUGUUGUCGACGGUGGGCUUUGGGCCAACAACCCAAGUCUUGUCGCCUACACGGAGGCGAUAAAGAUACGUGAGUGCGCGGACCGGGAGUUCGAUCCGCACUUCGAGCCGCAGGACAUUCAGGUGCUGUCGAUCGGAACGGGCGAGCCCCGAUACUCCCUUGCUCCCCCCGACGACCGCGCCGGGAUCGGUUGGUGGGGACCACGGGUUUUUAACGUCGCAUCAAUUUCACAAUCCCAGGGCACGAGCUUUCAGCUUCAAUACUUGCUGGGGGAACGAUACCGUCGUCUGAACUUUGACCUGCCAGAUGACACCUGGUCGCUGGACUCGAUCGACCACAUCGCCAGCUUGCUUCACAAAGGGAAGAUCGCCGCGCACGACUGCCUGACCGACGUGUUGGGCCAGUUCUUCUCCUCGUACGCACCGGAUUAUGUCCCCUUCGACGAUUGCACUGAAUCCCUCGACGACAGAUGA